AUGGAAGAAGGAAAGAUUGUAGAGUUGAUCCCUCCGACCAACGACCUGAUAGUCGACUGGACUGGUGACGAUGAUCCGGAGAAUCCUCUGAAUUGGUCCUCCAAGCGCAAGGGCAUCAACAUUGCCCUCUUGUCGUGCCUAACUUUCGUCACCCCGCUGGCUUCGUCGAUGUUUGCUCCCGGCAUCCCUCUGGUCAUGAAAGACUUCCACAGCUCCAGCAUAUUCUACGCGACCUUUGCCGUUUCGAUCUAUUUGGUGGGCUACUCUUUCGGUCCGCUGGUGUUUGCGCCUCUUUCCGAGCUGUAUGGACGACUACCUGUGUAUCUCGCCACGAAUGUCCUUUUUGUCAUCUUCACAAUCGCCUGUGCCGUUGCCCCGUCUUUAGGCAGCCUCAUCGGGUUUCGCUUUCUCGCUGGGUCGGCCGGUUCUGCACCUCUUGUGCUUGGUGGAGGUAGCGUAGCCGAUUUGUACCCUCGCGAAAAGCGCGGAUCCAAGAUGGCGAUCUUUUCCAUAGGGCCACUCAUUGGGCCGGUAGCAGGCCCCGUGGCUGGCGCGUUCCUGGCCGAAGACGUCGGUUGGCGAUGGGUGUUCUGGGUUAUUACCAUGGCUGCCAGUAUUGUCGUAAUUGCAUGCUUUAUUUUCAUGCGAGAAACAUAUGCGCCGGUGCUCCUGGAGAGGAAAGCUGCUCGACUGAGGAAAUCCACCGGAAACCAAUGCCUCCGUUCGAAGAUGUCCACAGACGACUCACCGCGCAAUGCAAUAGCCAAAGCAUUCAUACGCCCUACUAAGAUGUUCUUUAUGUCACCAGUUGUUUUCGUGUUUGUGGUGUACAUAUCCGUCAUAUAUGGCUACCUCUACCUUCUCUUCACCACCAUCACCGAGAUUUAUGAGAGCGUCUACCACUUCUCAACCGGUUUGGCAGGUCUAUCCUACCUUGGGAUUGGUGUCGGAAUGUUCAUCGGGUUAGGUGCAUUCGGAGCAACCAGCGAUCGGCGAAUUCAAAAGAAGAAGGCUCACGGAGACGUUUCCCCUGAAAUCAGACUGGAGGGUUUGAUUCCUGCCGCCAUUUGCAUUCCGAUAGGCCUGUUCUGGUACGGAUGGUCUGCCGAAAAGCAGAUUCACUGGAUCAUGCCUAUCAUAGGAACAGGUUGGGUGGGCGUGGGUCUGAUUGGAAUAUUUCUUGCAGUACAAACCUACCUUGUCGAUUGCUACCCUUUGUACGCUGCAUCGGUGACCGCAGCAAACACCGUGGUGAGGUCGCUGGUGGGAGCUUUCCUGCCGCUGGCCGGCCGUCCGCUAUAUUCGAAACUGAAACUUGGUUGGGGCAAUUCAGUGCUGGCGUUCAUCGCUCUUGCAAUGGUGCCACUGCCGUUCAUUUUCAUGCGGUAUGGCGCCCGACUCAGGACUCACCCUCGAUUCCAGGUGAGCUUUUAA